AGGGAGGGGCGGUGCCUUCGGAGCAGGGUCCUGAUUGGCCGCAGCGACGUCACCAGGGCAACGAACGGAGGGGCGUGGCGUCGCGGUGCCGUGGACCGGAAGCGGCCGCCGGCGCCGGCGCCGGCGCGGUGGCGAAGGAGAGCGCGGUUGGGCUGGGCUGGGCUGGGCUGGGCGCCGUUUCUCCACCUCCCGGGACCCAGCCCCUCCUCCCUGCGCGCCCCCGGCCGAGCCGCUCCUUCCCGGGCUUCGUGCUGCCUCCUCCGAGAAGGCUCCCUCCCUCCUCCCACUUUGGGGAGACGAACCCCGAGGCUGGUCUCCCGGGUUGGACAGCCCCCAGGUGGCCGGCUCACGACUCCGCGCAGCUCGGGGUUCCGGCCACCUGCUCCGUCCGGCCUGGGCGCGCCCUCCGCAGCGCGCUGAGGUCGGCGAGCAUCGAGCCCCCCAAGGCCAGCCUCGACCCUGGGCGCAGCCGCGGGCCACCCUAUCGCCAGCCCCUCGGGGCGCCCAGUGCAGCCCCGUGUCCCGCCCUGGCCCCCCGCCCCGCCCCGCUCCUCGCGGCUCUGCAGCCUGACCUGGACUCGACCUCUCCACCGCGCCUUGUGCCCUCGGGGGGUUCCCUGACCCCACCUUCCCUGCACGUCCCCCUCGGUGGCUCCAAGGCUCCCGACACCACCAUGCCGUCCUCCCUGGGCCCUCCGCGCCUGCCCCCCGGGAGCCCUGCAGCCGCCCCGGAGGACCCCGAGGCGGCGCGCCUGCGCUUCCGGGGGUUCCGCUUUGAGGAGGCGGCGGGUCCUCCCGAGGCCCUGGCCCAGCUCCGCGAGCUGUGCCGCAGGUGGUUGCGGCCCGAGGCUCACUCCAAGGAGCAGAUGCUGGAGCUGCUGGUGCUGGAGCAGUUCCUGGGCGCGCUGCCCCCCGAGAUCCAGGCCUGGGUGCAGGGCCAGAGGCCAGGCAGCCCCGAGGAGGCCGCCGCGCUGGUGGAGAGCCUGCGGCAGGACCCCGGGCAGCUGCUGGGCUGGAUCGCAGCCCGCGUCCUGAAGCCAGCAGUGCUCCCUGCGGCGCAGGAGGCAGAGGACUCACCGGAGAGAGUCCCGCCCCUCGGGGCAGCCGCGGGCGAGCGGCGGGAGGACGCCCCGGUGCAGACGGAGGGGUCUGCCCGGCUCAGCUGCAGCGUGAAGGAGGAGCCCGAUGCUGACGGGCUGGAGACCGCAUCCGCCAGUCCCUCCCAUGCAAUCCAGACCCAGGAGGGGCCAGUGGGACCCGGGGAACCGGACUCUGCCUCCUUCCACGCCCCCGGGAUGCAGGAGGAGUGGGGGCUGCUGGACCCGUCGCAGAAGGAGCUGUACUGGGACGCGUUGCUAGAGAAGGUUGCCGCCGCCCUUCCUGGACGCGCGGCCGAAGCUGGAGCUGGAGCCGGGGUCGCCGAGCGCGGGCGCCGAGGGCGCGGGAACCGAGCGCCGGGGCCCGCGCUUCACCUGCGCGCAGUGCGGCCGCGGCUUCGGCUGGAAGUCCGUGUUCGCCAUCCACCACCGCGCGCACCGGGCCGCGCCGGCAGCUCCUGCGCCGCCGCCAGGGCCCCGGGAGCCGGCCGCCCCCGCCCCCGCCCCCGCCCGCCCCGCGCCCCCCGCCCGCGGCUACACGUGCGCCGAGUGCGGCCGCGGCUUCAGCUGGAAGUCGCAGCUGGUGAUCCACCGCCAGGGCCACGGCCCCCACCCGCGCCACGUGUGCGGGGACUGCGGCCGCAGCUUCGACUGGAAGUCCCAGCUGGUGAUACACCGCCGCGGCCACCGCCCGCGGGACCCGUGAGGCCGGGGCCUCAGCCCGGACACAGCGGCUGCCGCCGGAGGACCAGGCAGGGAGGGCGCGGGGGCGGGAGCGGCCGCGUUCCCGGGAAGGUCCCCCCGGAAGCCGCCCUCCCCUCCCCGCGGGGCGCCCAGGGCCUUCGCCCCCCUCCUCCGCCUGGGACCCGGGGACCGUGAGAUGCUCAGCAAGCAACCACCUCCUGUCCGCACCGCGGGGCGGGGCCCCCUGGAACUUGUAGGACCAGGACGCCGGGAGGGCAGGGCCGCUUGUGGUGGGCACGGGGAGGGCCCCUUCAUGCUCCCCGCGGCUGUGGGUCUCCCAUCAACUCCCUUUCUGAGUCGGGAGGUUUAUGGAGCGGCUCUGGCCCCUGGUCCUGUGAUGGAUCAGCUCCUCCUCCCGCCUGGCCGCCGGGAGUCCGGGCUCCCGGUCCCGCCUUCCUGCUGCCCGGCACCUCCCCCUUGACCCUCGGCUCCUGAGCCCCAGUCUGAGCGGACACGGAGGGGCCUGACUUUUUAAAACUGACUUUAGAGAAGGGAAGGAAAAGGGAAUAUCAAGUGGCUGUCCACUCCUGUGUGCAUCCGCUGGCCGGUUCCUCUGUGCCUGGUCGGGGAUCAGGGACACACUCCAGCAUCCUGAGCUACGGGUCUUUUUUUCUGUGACAAGCUUAUGUAUUUGUUGUUUAUCUCAUGUUAUAGAACAUAUUCGAUCUUGUUGUUUAAGCUUUACUUUGAAAAUAAGGGGCAUUUUUGUGGGGGGCAGUUUCCAGGAAACCGGUGCACUCGACAGGAGGGGUGUGUGGCUUGGGCCGGGCAGGACCCGGCUGCGGCCUGGAGCUAGGGGCGUGGGGGGGGGGGGGGGGUGCCUCCGCCUCCCCGUGUCUGAGGACCUUCUGACCUGGUGCUCGCCCUGGGGCCGGGGCAAGGUCCGGCUGGAGAUGGAGUGGUUACAGGUGAGCUGGUGGGCCAGCAGGGGUUAGUGGGUCCCCGUGUCCCUGGUGGGUCCAACGCCCCUCAUGGACCUCAGAGGAUCCCCGUGGCCCCCUUGUUCCUGGUGGAUUCUGACAGCAGCUCCGACGCCCAUCCCAGGAGCCUGGACGUCCGCGGGCCUCUGCCUACAACUCCCACAAUGCUCCGGGCUGUGAAGGCGCUCCAGUAGGUCACAGAGGCCUUGACGUUCUUUGGCUUCUGCCUACAGUUCCCACAAUGCCCCGGGGGACGCGUUCAGCCUUCGGAGGCCUCUGCGCUCCGAGGCUCCUUUCUCGUUGCCUCUGGUCUGCAGGGCCCACUGCGCCCAGGAGGGCACUUCCGGCUCCAGACACUGCAGCCCCCAGCUUCAGAGGCCUUUGCGCCAACCCCCCCCCCGCCCCCCAGCACUCGCCGCAGGGCUUCUGUACAUGUGCUCCCCCAAUUACUUCCUGCUCAACCUUCCUGCCUCAGUCGUGCCUGCACGCGGGUCAGCUCGCCCUCAGAGACCUCCCGCAUCCUGCAGAGCACACCCGCGGCCGCUCUCCUCCACUGUGCAGAGGCCAAGGCUGCUGGUCCCUCCCACGCCCCUGCCCUUCCCCAGGCAGGGCCACUACUGCAGGCGAGCAGCGGUCCUAGGUUGGAGGCAAUCGGGACCCUGAAGUAUGUUUCCUUCAAAAAAAUUUUAAUUGAUUUCACGGAGGGAGAGAUAGAAACAUCCAUGAUGAGAGAGAAUCAUUGAUCCACUGCCUCCUGCACAACCCCCACCACACCGGGAGGAGCCCACAACCUGGGC